AUGUCCGACCCUGUCCUUUUUGAAGACACCUUCACCAUAACAGCCAUCAAUGCGCAGAAAUACGACCGUGUAGCGCGUAUCAGCUGUACCUCCUCCGACAACCUAACCACCUUCACCCUCGAUGUGAACACAGAACUAUAUCCCGUCGCGAUGGGAGAGUCAUUAUCUCUCGCGCUUGCGUCGACACUUGCUCUCGAUGGGAAAGAUGAUAGCGCAGGCGGUAGAGGUGCUUGGAGAGAUGUUGGCAUGGGGGAACAAACGUUGGCGAAUGACUAUGACUACGUUUGUCAUGGUAAAGUGUAUCGGUUUGAAGAAGGGAAUACGGCAGAGAAUAUGUGGGUUUAA